CCCAGACGCAUCCCAGGACGCACAUCCUGGACGCCUCGACGCAGAGCAGAAGCGUAUCCGAUACCCACACAAAGAGCCGGCAGCGAUGGGCGUCCAACCGCGCGGGCUCGUCGUCAAGCUGACAGCCAUAGGCGCCCUGCUCUCCUUCAUCACCCUCCUUUACUUCUACACCGGGGCGUCCCAGCGCGUCCGGCUGCCCUCUCUAGGAUCCCUCUUUCCCUCCGACGGCCGCGCGCGUGCAUCCUGCGCCCCCGAGGCGUGGGCCGACGGCCACUGGGCGCGGCGGCGCUCACCGAUUGGCAACGAGACGCUGACGGCGCCCCGCGACGUGUUCGCGUACAACGGCUUCGAUGGAUGCGCGAGCGACCGCGAGUUCUUCUGGCAUCUCGGCGCGGACAAGGAGGAGCAGUGGGACCGCUUCCCGGACGUGCUGGACUAUGAGUGGGUGCCGGGCGAGCAGUGUGCGGGCGUCCGGCCGCUGACGGGGGCCGCGCUCGUGCGGGAUCUCGUCGAGCAGGGCGGGUGGCUCGUCCUUGGAGACUCCAUCACGGAGAACCACUUUUUCUCGCUCUCCUGCACCCUAUUCCCGCACGUCCGCGCGACCCCCAACUACACCGAAAACCCCUACUUCGACCGCGCGUGGCCGCAGAACCUCUACCUCAACCCGAGCUCUCCGCUCCUCUCGUCCCUGCGCCUCCCGCCCGGCUUCUCCAUCGAAGAGACGCCGCUCAUCACCUUCCGCCGCGUCGACCUGCUUCUCGAGCAGACCGAGAUCGAAUCCGUGCACCGCACGCUCCAUCCAGAGCUGUACGCCGACGGGUCCGACUUUGCGCUCUUCAGCGACGAGAAGUUCUGGUCGCUGAGCCCGUCCGAGUACAUGCCGAUGUUCACCGCGCCGCUCCCGCGCGCGCACUACGCGACGCUCGUCGUGAGUACCGCCGGGCACUGGACGACGACGCUUUUCGGCGGGCUGCGCGACGCGAGCCGCGAGAACGACGGGUACGGGAUCGAGCACGUGCUUGAGCUCUUCGCGGCCGCGAUGCGCCGCUGGGCGGAGGACGUGCAGCGCGCGAUGGACGAGGACCGCCGCGUGCAGACGCGCAAGGCGCUCGCGGGCCUGCGGCCGGUCGCGCGCCAGGUGGUCGUGCGCGCGUAUCUGCCCGGCCACGAAGACUGCCACAGCUUCCGCGCGCCGUGGGCCGAGCGGCAGCCGUUCAAGUGGAACUGGUACAACUGGGCGUGGAUCGGCGACAUGAACGCGCGGUUCCAGAUCCUGGCGUCUGCGGCGUCGUACCCCGAUAUCCACUUCCUCCCCAUCGACCGCCCUGCGCUGCUCCGCCCGGACGCGCACGCGACGGGCGACUGCCUGCACCUGCUCACGGGCGCGGGCGUGCUCGAGGGGUGGACGCAUUAUAUCUGGCACUUUGUUACGCGCGAG